GGGCAGGGGCGGUAUCCACGGCUGUCCCCGCCCGCCACCCGCCUGCGCGAGCUUCCCCGCGCCGCUCCCGCCGCAGCCGCGCUUCCCCGCUCCAGCCAGCGGGCGAGGCCAGCGCCGGGGCCGGGCCGCUUCCUUCUCGCCACCGCGGUGUCCUGAGGCGGGCUCCGGUCGCGAUGGCAGAGGCUGAGCGGGGCUGAGCCCGCCGCCGCCCGCAACCCGCGAGCCCCCUUGAGUCCCUGCCAUGGCGAAGCAGUACGAUGUGCUGUUCCGGCUGCUGCUGAUUGGGGACUCCGGGGUGGGCAAGACCUGCCUGCUGUGCCGCUUCACCGACAACGAGUUCCACUCCUCGCACAUCUCCACCAUCGGUGUCGACUUUAAGAUGAAGACCAUCGAAGUCGACGGCAUCAAAGUGCGGAUACAGAUUUGGGACACAGCAGGGCAGGAGAGGUACCAGACCAUCACGAAGCAGUACUAUCGGAGGGCCCAGGGAAUAUUUUUAGUCUAUGACAUUAGCAGCGAGCGCUCCUACCAGCACAUCAUGAAGUGGGUCAGUGACGUGGAUGAGUAUGCCCCGGAAGGAGUCCAGAAGAUCCUCAUAGGAAAUAAGGCUGAUGAAGAGCAGAAGCGGCAGGUGGGGAGAGAGCAAGGGCAGCAGCUGGCUAAGGAAUAUGGCAUGGACUUCUACGAAACAAGUGCCUGCACCAACCUCAACAUCAAAGAGUCCUUCACUCGUCUGACGGAGCUGGUGCUGCAGGCCCACAGGAAAGAGCUGGAUGGUCUCCGAACACGUACCAGCAAUGAGCUAGCAUUGGCAGAACUGGAGGAAGAAGAAGGCAAACCUGAGGGCCCAGCGAACUCUUCAAAGACCUGCUGGUGCUGAGGAUCCUGUGUGGAAUCCCCCCGCGACUCCCUUCCCUCAGGAGGCCCGUGGAAGCAGGGGAGCCUGGGCUUUGCCUACUGCUGUCCUUUCUUUGAUGACCCUGUCGAAAAUCAGUAGCUGCUACUCCCCUGCCUGGCCCCGUGAGCAGCUCUAUUGUGGCUCUGAGCAGCCUGUGCCCCCAGCCCCUCCUGGAGUGGUGACCUUCAGCCUGUUUCCCAGCCACAGGCCCGCUGUGACCCCAGAAUGUGCUGUGACCAUCUUGCCACCCCACGCUCCUGGGACAAUGGUCAAGGCUGGAGUCAAGGCCACUUGAAGACUCAUUUCUUAGUGCAUCUCGAGUACUCUGCUUUUUCUCUUCUUUCUGCUCUUCCUCCACCCACUUCCCUCCAGUGUAUUUGGCAUCCCUGUCUCUCUUCCUCCUUUGCCUGUGUUCUGCUGUGUGGCUGCUAUUGCGGGUCCUCCCUUUCUCCCUCUCUCCCUCCCUCCCUUCUUUGCUUUUCCUUUCUUCCUGACUCUGCCUAAGGGAAUGGACCUAGGCUCUGCCCCAGGGAGGACAAGCCACCCUGCUCUGGGGUGAGCUUAAGGGCUAUGGGUGCUGCUUCUUCCCCCUCCCCGCCGUCCCUCCUUGUGCCAUGGGCUGCCUCCCCAGUGACCUGGGAAAGUAGAACACUGAGAUAGGAAGAAAACACUACUUGGUGGGCCUCAGACCUGGGCUGGCCUCCUCUGCCUUUGCUUUUUGCCUGGCUGCCUACAGGCCUCUGUGAGGAACUGGGUCUCUGUGAGCAGAGACAAAACCAAAAGGAUGAGGAGUGGCAGGGACAAGUCACCUCUAUUCUACCUCCCGUGCAGUGAGUACAUGACCUCUUCACCUAGAUUCCCGAAUUUAAAGAUGAGGAUCGAGGCCUGAGGACACUAAGGGACAGGGGCAAUCCUGGGGUCAGACACUGCAUGGUCGGCCAUUAACUCUAGACAAAGGUUAAAGCAGUUGUGAAGGGCUCGCUCCUAGAUAGUAAGGUUAGGACAAGGGCAGAGUGCACUUCAGGAAACUGAUUGUAGUAGCAGCAGCGGGGGGCCUCUUGUGUAAGACUAUUUCCCCAGACUCCCUGGCAAAGGUGAGUCACUGUUCUUUUACUGAACCCAGCCUUCAGAAGUUAAGAUUUUCCUGGGUCCCAGAGUCUGUGGGCAAUAGGCCUUAAAACAUGGGGAGAGAAGCAGUCUGCCUUCCAAGACUCCCUCCUCUUGCCCUCUAACUGGUAAGUAGGCUUGUAGCAUUGCCAACUGCCGAGUAGCUACCAAGGGAGUAAAAAGGAUGCUCUCCUCCAGAGGUCCAUGCUCAGGAAGUUUCUUUAACUCCCUGUGGUCCAAGGAUAGCUUGAAGGAGGCCUCUACAAGAAGCAAAAGCCCACGCUAGGGGUCGUCCUCACAUUCCCCAAGGUGGGAGGAGCUCAGGUAAGAGAAUAGUCCCAAGAUGCACUGCGUGGCUGGGGCCGGAGCCAAAGCAAAAACAAAAACAAAAAAAUCUGGGCCCUGGGUGAGUUUUUACCAACCAAGGACCUUUCAAAUCCAGGGCGCAGAUGUGAAGAUAAAGGGCCCCACACCCUUUCAGUCCUCCAGGAAGGGAGAUGGGGAUGGACUCACGGGAAAUUUCUUCCUGACUUAGCAAACUAGGAAACGGGGCGGCAGGAGAGGGCAGCUCAGGCUUCCUGUGGAAUUGUUCACUGAGGAAGGUAGGGAGCUGGCUCUAAGACUGGGCCAUGACUGACUGGGUGGCUCCUUUGGGGACUGACUCCUGGGUAGCAAGAGUUAGGUAGCAUCACACAGCAGGUGGACAGGCCUGCCUUCAGCCAGAGGUCCAAGAGGAGAAUUUACACAAGGGCACUGGUUCUAACCUCUGGCAAGUGUCACUGUCUUGCUGUCCUAACACCUCAAGAAAGAACUUGAUUCCACGACCCUCAGGCUUCUGAAAGGGAAAACAUGGGGUUGGGUUCUGUGGACUCUGAAGUACGGAAGAAGGAAAGCUGAGAUUCUGGAGUGCAUCUGUGGUCACUCCAUUCCUGAAUUUGCCUCACCCCACCUGCUAUUCUGGGUGGCUUGGGCUGUGUCAUUGGCCUUGAACCGUUCAGUAGGCUUUCCUGGCCUGUCUGUGCAUGAGAGAUCAAUUCACCCUGGUCUGCCGCCUGAGCCCCCAUCUCCCUGUGACAGGUGAACUUCUUCCUUUUUUUUUUUUUUUUUUUUGGUUUUUCAAGACAGGGUUUCUCUAUAGCUUUGGAGCCUGACCUGGAACUAGCUCUGUAAAAGAGACUGGUCUCGAACUCACAGAGAUCUGCCUGCCUCUGCCUACUGAAUGCUGGGAUUAAAGACGUGCGCCACCACCGCCCGGCUGUGAUGAGUGAACUUUGUGUACUGUGUCUUGGGUCCAUUAUAUGAAUUGUGAGCAGGAUUCAUCUAUUUUAAACACAAAUGUUUACAAAAAUAAAGAAUAUUUCCA